UUGCAUUGACCCUACGCUUCACAUUUGUUCUGCCCAACGCAUAUCCUGCACUGCUUAUCUGUCCGCGCUCUGUCAAUUGCCUAUCAUUUGUCACUCGCAUAUUCACGACUGGGUGUUAGUGACCGACAGAUCCACUAACAGCAUGUCAACAACAGCCUCUCCUGCCCUCAAAAUGCCCGCCUCCCGCGCGCUCGAAAACGCAAAGCAAAGCUCCGAAACCAUUCUCAAAGACGCCUCGGAAACAAUGUCCAAAGCAGCUGAGAACCCGAAGAAGGCGACCGCCGACUUGCUCCACACACCGUUUAUGCGUGCAGCGCUGCCGUUCAUCAACGGCGGGCUUGCUGGCAUGACGGCGACGAGCGUCAUCCAGCCCGUUGAUAUGGUGAAAGUGCGUCUCCAGCUGGCCGGCGAGGGCGUCAAGACAGGACCUAAGCCGACGCCCAUCGGUGUCCUCAAGGACAUCGUUGCCGCAGGCAAGGUUAUGGAUCUAUACACGGGUCUUAGCGCGGGUCUCCUCCGACAAGCCGUCUACACGACUGCGCGCCUGGGCUUCUUCGACACAUUCAUGAAGCGCCUAGCUGUCCGGGCAAAAGAAAACGGCACAACAAUCGGCUUCAAAGAGCGCGCUGGCGCGGGUCUGACGGCCGGUGGCCUUGCGGCUGUGGUCGGCAACCCUGCGGAUCUGGCGCUCAUCCGCAUGCAAUCCGAUGGCAUGAAGCCUGCCGCGCAGCGGGCAAACUACACAUCUGUCGUCGAUGCGCUGAUGCGCAUCUCCAAGAACGAAGGGGUUCUGAGGCUUUGGGCCGGCUGCUACCCGACGGUUGUGCGCGCCAUGGCGUUGAACUUCGGGCAGCUUGCGUUCUUCUCUGAGGCGAAGAGCCAGCUGAAGAACACCAGUCUUUCUUCGCGAUCGCAGACACUGACGGCGUCGGCCGUCGCCGGCUUCUUCGCUUCCUUCCUCUCCCUGCCAUUCGACUUCAUGAAGACCAGGCUGCAGAAGCAGACGCGUGCGCCUGAUGGUACGCUGCCGUACAAGGGCAUGUUCGACUGCUUUAGGAAGGUUGCCAAGGAGGAGGGCCUGCUGAGAUUCUACCGCGGGUUUGGAACAUACUACGUCCGCAUCGCGCCGCAUGCGAUGGUGACGCUCAUCGUCGCCGACUAUCUGGGCUUCAUCACCAAGUAGAUGAAGCAUGGUCUGCCAAUGAAAUGAAACGAAACAAGAGCGAGAUCGAAACGACGAGCCGAGAGAGGAAAGAAGAGAGGGCUGGAGGAUAUCUGAGGAAUGGCCGUACUCAUACCCACACACCUGCACGGAGUGCAGACGGAUCUACCCUGGCGUC